UCGAGCCGUAGGCGUCUCUUGCUUGGUACAUUCACCCAAUUUAUUCCAAGCCCAGGCCUAUGCCACGUCACACAUCUUCCAGUCGUUUGGUCUACGCCCACUGCUCGCACCGGCGGAUACUUUAUUGAGUCGACAUGUCGGCCGAUCCCGGUCUCGGUCGGCAGACGGACUGACCACGAUUUAGACUUGGUUACUCGCAGAGUUGACGUAGGACUUGAGGUUGAAAGGAUAAAGUUUCACCAGAUGCCAGGCUUUCUGCUCCUGGACGAGGGUGCAACUGAUGCGACGAUUGGAAUAUUAUAUGUUCAAUGUGCAUUUAUCUAUGCUUAA